UUUUAACUCUGUAAGUAAGUUGGUUCACACGAAUUCCUCUAUUCUAAAAUUCAGCUGAAAUGAACUCCAAAUAAAAUCCCAAACUCCAAAUCUACCACCACCACCACCACCAUCUUUAUUUCUUCAACCUCUACUAUCUGCUCCUCAGCUCAGCCACCUGUAAAUUCAGUUAUUUUUUAUUUGUAUUUAUAAUUUAUAUUCAAUCAGAACGAACAAGAAGAAAAGUUUGGCGGUGUGUGGUGCAUGAAUGACGGAGUAUCGGAUUCCACCGACAAUGAAUCUCUGGACUGACGACAACGCUUCCAUGAUGGAGGCUUUCAUGAGCUCCUCCGAUCUCUCUGCCUUCUGGGGUCCACCUCAAACCCACAACACCACCCAUCCUCAGCUACCUCAGCUUUCCUCUGCUGCCUCCACUUCCGCUCCCACCGGCGACCCCGCCCGUGCCGUCUCUCAAUCCCAGCCUCCUACGCCUCAGCCGCCGUCUUCUGCGGUUGCUCUCUUCAACCAGGACACCCUCCAGCAGCGCCUUCAGGCCCUGAUCGAGGGUGCUCGGGAGAAUUGGACCUACGCCAUCUUCUGGCAGUCGUCUUAUGACUAUUCCGCCGCUUCGGUUCUCGGUUGGGGAGAUGGGUAUUACAAAGGUGAAGAAGAUAAAGGAAGAGGCAAGGUCAAAACCAACUCCUCCGCCGCCGAGCAAGAGCAUCGGAAGAAGGUUCUCCGGGAGCUCAACUCUCUCAUUUCUGGGUCUGCGGCCGCGGCCGACGACGCCGUCGACGAGGAGGUCACCGAUACCGAGUGGUUCUUCUUGGUUUCCAUGACCCAAUCUUUCGUUAAUGACUCUGGGUUGCCUGGGCAGGCUUUUUUCAAUUCGAACCCUAUUUGGAUUGCCGGUCCAGAUAACCUCUCGGCUUCGCCAUGUGAGCGAGCUCGUCAGGGUCAGAUCUUUGGGUUGCAGACUUUGGUUUGUAUACCUUUGGCUAGUGGUGUUGUGGAAUUGGGGUCGACUGAGCUAAUCUUUCAGAGUUCGGAUCUGAUGAACAAGGUGAGGAUUUUGUUCAAUUUCAACAAUCCAGAUGCAGGUUCUUCUUGGCCCUUGGGCGGUGGAGAUCAGGGAGAGAACGACCCGUCGUCGCUGUGGAUUAACGACCCGUCGUCAACAAUGGAACUGAAAGACUCGUUGAAUACAACGACAACAACAACACCUUCAGCUUCAGUCCCUAGCACAAUAACAACGAUGACGACGACGACGACAACCAACCAGCAAAUCUCGAAGAAUCAGAGUGCGAUUCAACUGGAAAACAACCACCACCCGAGUUCUAGUACUUUGUCGGAGAAUCCGAGUGCGAUUCAGGCUAACAACCGACAAGGUCAGCAAACGACGCAGACCCAGAGCUUCUUCACCAAAGAGCUGAAUUUCUCCGAAUACGGAUUCGAAGGUAACAGUGUGAAGAAUGGAAAUACACAUUCUCUGAAACCCGAAUCUGGGGAGAUUUUGAAUUUCGGUGAGAGCAAGAGGAGCUCCUUCAAUAAUGGAAACGGGAAUUUGUUUUCUGGUCACUCGCAAUUCACACCCGAGGACAACACAAACAACAAGAAGAAGAGAUCGCCGACGUCGCGUGGUAGCAACGACGAAGGCAUGCUUUCGUUCACUUCCGGCGUGAUUUUGCCGUCCUCCGGAGUCGUGAAAUCCAGCGGCGGUACCGGAGAUUCCGACCAUUCGGACCUCGAAGCCUCGGUGGUCCGCGAAACCGACAGUAGCAAGGUUGUAGACACGGAAAAACGACCAAGAAAAAGGGGAAGAAAACCGGCAAAUGGAAGAGAAGAGCCAUUGAACCAUGUGGAAGCAGAGAGACAGAGAAGGGAAAAGCUCAAUCAGAGGUUCUAUGCUCUGCGAGCCGUGGUACCAAACGUUUCGAAGAUGGACAAAGCUUCGCUCCUCGGCGAUGCGAUUUCAUACAUCAACGAGCUAAAAUCCAAACUCCAAAAGACGGAAUCGGAAAAAGAUGAUUUGGAGAAUCAAAUGGAUGCCAUGAAGAAAGAGUUAGCGAACAAAGACUCUCGCGGCAGCUACACGGGUUCAGGUCCACCUCCUGGAGAUCAUCAAGACCACAAGAAGUCAAAUCACCAUGGAAGUAAACUGAUUGACGUUGAUAUAGACGUGAAGAUUAUUGGUUGGGACGCCAUGAUUAGGAUACAGUGUAGUAAGAAGAACCAUCCAGCAGCAAGAUUAAUGGCGGCUCUGAAAGAGCUGGACUUGGAUGUCCACCAUGCUAGUGUAUCCGUGGUGAAUGAUUUGAUGAUUCAACAAGCAACGGUGAGGAUGGAAAGUCGGUUUUACACUCAGGACCAGCUCAGGUUAGCUUUGUUGUCCAGAGUUGGGGAUACAAGAUGAGCAUUUUCGGGAAAAUAGCUGAAAACAGAGGGAAAAAAGAAGAAGACAUUGUUUAGGAUUGAACAGAGUUUCUUUCUAUCUCUCCAGAUAGUAGGGGCUUCAGUGGGACAUUUUAUGGUUCCCGGCAAAGAAAACCAGCAACUAGCAGGCACUGUAAAAAUAUUGUUCUUAAGUUGUUAUUUUGGUAGUCUUCUUUUUUUUCUUUUUUUUGUAAGUUGGGUUAGUAUAAAUUGAGUUUUGAGUCGUGUCGAAUUUCAGGAGCUGAACAAAAUUCAACAAUUUUCAGAUUACUUCCAGCUUCCACUGAGAGAAAAUAGCUUCUUUCUAGUUCUGUUUUAUGUCAAUUUUUCUCUGUGUCCGUUUGUAUAUAUAUGUCAUAAAUUUGAAUCUAAUGAAGUAUCUGAACAUGUUUCAUGUC